AUGGAGCUCUAUGGCAUGCUUAAGACCAUAGAGUCUAACAUGGCCAAGUCCAAGCACGCUGCUCGAGUACUGGCCAUCAGGGAAGGAGGUAUAAAGAAGAAAAAGAUUGCCCCUGCAAAAGGCAAGGGGAAGGGAAAAACUAUUCAACCCAACCCCAAACUCAAAUCAAAAGGCCAAAAAAAAGCCCAAUCUGAUAUACCUCAAUCAAAGACUCCUGAGGAUGUUGUAUGCUUUCACUGCAAGGAAGUAGGACAUUGGAGGUGUAACUGUCCUAAAUAUCUGGAGGAGCUUAAGAAGCUCAAGGUUUUACUGAACAUGAACUUUAGGUAUGUAUAUGAUUGA